CUCGUAUAUCACACAGCGGCAGAAAGAAAAACCCACCAAGUACCGUCGCUACCCAACUCUGCGACUUUCCAUCUCCAAUACCCUAAAUUCACAUCUGCCGAUAAUAUUUUUCCGAACCCUACUAUCGUAAACCCAUUUGUCAGAUGUCGACUUCCGGGCAGCCUCAGUUCCGGUACACGCAGACGCCUUCAAAGGUCCUCCAUCUCCGAAACCUGCCAUGGGAGUGCAUCGAAGAAGAGCUCAUCGACCUCUGCAAACCCUUCGGCAACAUCGUCAACACAAAGUGCAACGUGGGCGCCAAUCGCAACCAGGCCUUCGUUGAAUUUGCAGACCUUAAUCAGGCCAUUAAUAUGGUGACCUAUUAUGCUUCAUCAUCUGAGCCUGCACAGAUUCGUGGUAAAAGCGUGUAUAUUCAAUAUUCGAAUCGGCAUGAAAUUGUCAACAACAAGAGUCCAGGAGAUAUUCCAGGAAAUGUCUUGCUGGUAACCUUUGAGGGCGUAGAAGCUGGCGAUGUCACCAUCGAUGUCAUUCACUUGGUAUUCUCGGCUUUUGGUUUUGUGUACAAGAUCGCCACUUUUGAAAAGGCUGUUGGUUUUCAGGCAUUGAUUCAAUUCAGUGAUGCUGAAACUGCAUCUUCAGCAAGGGAGGCAUUGGAUGGAAGAAGCAUACCCAGGUACUUGCUUCCAGACAAUGUUGGUUCAUGCAACUUACGUAUCUCAUAUUCCGCUCAUAAAGAUCUGAAUAUUAAAUUUCAAUCUCAUCGUAGCAGGGACUAUACGAAUCCGUAUCUUCCCGUGAAUCCUACUGCAAAUGGGGGAUUUGUUCAGCCUUCUGUAGGUCCUGAUGGAAAGAGAAUAGAAACUGAGAGUAAUGUGCUUCUUGCAUCGAUUGAGAAUAUGCAGUAUGCUGUCACGGUGGAUUCCAUUCAUAUGGUAUUUUCUGCAUUUGGUACCGUCCAGAAAAUUGCCAUAUUUGAGAAGAAUGGUGGAACACAGGCACUAAUUCAAUAUCCUGAUGUCACAACUGCAGCAGUUGCGAAAGAUGCUUUAGAGGGACACUGCAUAUACGAGGGUGGCUAUUGUAAGCUUCAUCUAUCAUACUCUCGUCAUACUGAUCUCAAUGUAAAGUCAUACAGCGACAAAAGUAGAGAUUACACCAUCCCUGAAUCAGGAUUCCCUCCGGGAGCAACAGUUUGGCAGAAUCCUCAGGCUGCUCCAACGUUUACUGGAAUUGGGAAUGAAUUUGCUCCUAGUGCUUCUGUGGGACAAGUGCCCUCUUGGGAUCCAACAAUUCAGGCAGGCACACCAACCUUCGUUUCGGUUGGCAACACUUUUCCUGGUCAAAUGUAUGCCCCAUCCUCUGUUUCUGCCUAUGCCACUGCUCCAACUCCUGCUGGUUCUUCACCGGUUAUGCAAACCAGCCAAAUUACUACGAGUGUGCCUUUGAUGGGAGUAGGUCAACCCGUGCAUCAGCCAAAUAUGCGGCCUGGUGGUGCUUCUCCACUGGGUCAGGCUCGUUAUUAUAGCUAAUAAUAAGACGGAACAGUUUUCCUCAACAUUAGCAUGUUUCUCUGCAUUUGUUAUUAUUAAAUUAUUUAAAGCAUUCCUCUAUGACUGAAUGCUACCAAUUUGAGGAGUUGGAGUUUCUGGAA